UUUUGGCAAAGUCCUAAGCUAAGUCGAGCUUCGGUGCUGCUGAGUUUGCGCGCUUUGCUACGAUACUUCUCGAGCAGCGUCUUCUUCACCGCGACUUGAUUCUCGUCCACGUCUCCGUCCUCUGAGCCUCCUUCGAGCUCACUAUCUUCUCCUACGGUGUUGGCCUCCUCUUCAUUCUCGUCGUCAGUCCAUGGCCAACCGGAUUCGCCCUUCUCAAGUGCUUGCGAUAUAAAUAUGGCCGUGUCGAUAUGCGGCCGGAAGAAGGGCGACCGAGCGAUGAGCUUGAAGUUGCGCAGCGAAAGCUUUGUCGGAGUGACGAAGAGGGUCUUCAGGAAUGGACGCAAAUGCGGGAGAAGUUGACCUUCGUAUUCGUCGAGGGUAGUGGAUUUGCGAAGCCGACCUGAUGUGAUGGAAAAGGUCAAGCGACUUGAAUUGUGGAUCAAAUAUGUAUCAUUGGAGUAACACGCGAAGCUGAGGUCAACCUUGUGGGCAUUCACAUGCACAAUACGGGGCAGUCACCCACUUGACAAU